CUUAAUCAGCAGUGGACAGUCUGUUUCUCUCAAAAGCAUUAAUACACACGGAGUUAAAGAAAGAAAACCAACACGUUUACGGUGGACAUUAUGGUCAUUUGGAUCCGACAACCAACUUUGAGGAACACGGAACGCGUUAAAGUGAAUGGUAAUGUUUUUUUGUUUUGUUUUUUUAAACAAGUUGGACGUUUUCUCGUGAGCGGAUGUGUCCUUGUCAGCUAGCCGUGGAGGUGGAGCGCGAGGCGGUGUCAUAUCAGAAAGCUUCCGCUACGUGAGGUAAAAAAAAAAAAAAAAAAACUAGACCCAAAAAUGGCUUCGGUGCUAGGUUGCUUUAAUGGACCCGAAGUGUUGGAGGACAUAAGUCACGCUCAAGGUUUAAUGGGGGAGUUGAAGGCGUUGUACGACAGCCGCCUCCUUUCGGACAUUACCAUCGAAGUGGACCCCGACGGAGAACCACUGGAGCCCGGCGAAGGUGCUCUGAGUCGGUCGGGUGACGACCCCGUCCAGCUGUUUUACUGCAGCCGCAACGUCCUCGCCGCAGCCAGCCCCUAUUUCAAAAGCAUGUUCACCGGCGGCUUGACCGAGAGCGUUCAGGAGAGGGUAGCCAUCCGUGGGGUGGACGUAGAGUCCAUGUCGGUCAUCGUGGACUAUUGUUACACGGGUAAAGUGACCAUCACGGAGGGCAACGUGCAAAGGCUGUACGCCGCCGCCAACAUGCUCCAACUUGAGUACAUCAGGAUGGCCUGCUCCGGCUUCAUGACCCGCAGGCUGGACCUCGCCAAUUGCAUUGGGGUUCUGAAGUUCGCAGACACCUAUGACAACCCCGAGCUCAAGGAGAGCGCUCGGGCGUUCAUUGCCAGGAACUUUGUCCAGCUGUGCAUCUCAGGAGAGCUGUGCGAGCUGGACCUGCAUCAGUUGGUGGAGCUGCUCUCGCUCGACACGCUGGACGUGGCCUGUGAGCGGGAGGUGUGCAUGGCCGCCCUACGCUGGAUUGAAGCCAACGCACCACCCAAGAAGGAGGAUGCGUUGCGGGCGCUGAGGUGCGUGCGCUGGAACCUGUUCACCGAGAGGGACAAGCGUUACCUGGAAGGGCUGGCGGCGAGACCCUUCGUGGAGAAAUACCUGGAGUCCUUCUUCAACAGGCCCUGCGCUGUGGCCGCGUCUCUGGACGUUCCCAAGCAUAGGAUCGGCGUGAGCGCCAAAGAAAUGAUCCUGUUCUUCGGUCUUCCCAACGACAACAUCAUGUGCUGCGACCCGUACUCCGAGGACCUCUACUUCGUGACGCCUCCUCUCCUGGAUCUCAGCAGCCAGGAUUACAAACGCUCCACCAUGGAGUCCCUCAUUGCUUGUUCUAGCCCGGAAAACAACCUUUAUCUGGCGUCUCACCUCUCCAAACACUUCUGGCAGUACAAUCCAGUGCUCAACAGCUGGCAAGAGCUUGCGGAGAGACCGCUUGGGAGGAUUCACUCGGGGAUGGGCUAUCUAAAUGGUCACGUGUACCUCCUGGGGGGGAGGAACCCUGUGACGGACGCUCGUUUGAAAGAGGUCGAGUGCUACAGCGUCCAGAGGAACCAGUGGACCUUUGUGGCUCCUCUGCCACAUUCAUUCAGUAAGAUGCAGGUGGUGGCAUUGAACGAUCACCUAUACGUGGUGAACAAGCGGCGCAUGUUGUGCUAUGAUCCGCGGCGCAACCGCUGGCGCCACUGCGGCUCGCUGCGGCGUGACAAACUGCACAAGGCGUGCGUGUACCAGGACCAGAUCAUCUGCGUGUGCGACAUCCCCGUGGUGAAAGCCUACAGCCCGGCGCGGGGCGAGUGGCGGCGGCUGGCCGACAUCCCCAUCGACAGCCGCGCCCUCAACUACCAGGUGAUCCAGCACGGUGGCAAGCUGAUGCUCCUCACGCAGACACUGCUGCAACACAACAAGAACCGCGUCCUCAUGCACGAGUACGAGCCCACACGAGAGUGCUGGAAGAGCGUCAUGGCAGUCUACGUGUCCACGUUGGGGCCCGUGUGCGUCUCCACACGUGUCUAUCCGGCGUGCCUCGGCUCGGCGCACAGCUUUUCAACCGAGGAGGACGACGAUAGCGGAUCCAGCGCCGACUGGGACCUAGACGGCUUGACGGACGCAGAUUCGGACUCCGCCAGCUCCAGCUCGUUUUCGGAUGAGAACUGGUAGUCGGACUUUGAGGGGGUUACUCAAGCAAACCAGAUCCAUUUUCUCAACCACUUGACAGUCAAGAUGGAGUUUAGUCUUCACAGCGGGCUUUCCUAAACCUUCGCUUCCACAUCUUACUAAGAUUCCUCCCAUAUUGACACAAAUUUGACGUAUAUUGGACAGACACUAAUGAUCUGUAUUCACUACAAGACACUGAAUGACUACUAAUGUAAAGCCAAAAGUCAUUCAUGCAUUUUCUUUGGUGCUUGUCCUCAUUUGGGUCGCGGGUUAGCCUGAGUCUAUCCCAGGUGACGUUGGUCAGACCCUGGAUUGGACUGGUCAUCAGUCAAAUGGAAGGCCCUGUCAUUUGCCAAGAAAUUGUCUACUUGCUUCUUGAUAGCAUCAGCCAUACAAUGAAAAUGGACCGUACAACCAUUUUUGAUGACAAAGCUAAAAAGCCUGUCUUGACUAUUUCUUCCCUGGCUCACUGUCCUGGAAGUGUAUACGCUGGACUUGUCCCCAUUCAAAAACCAAUAAUAAUAAUAACAAUAAUUCAAAGUUAUUAGAAUUGUUUGCAUCAGGCUGCUUCCACUUGCUCAAUUUCCAGAUUGUUGAAUUCCAGAAACAGCUCUGAAAAGCUAGUACAGCUUUAAAAUCUUUAUUCAGGGAGCGAAAGGUGUCAAGCUCACAACAAAUAGUAGUGUGGGUGACAUCAAACACAAAGCAUAUUUCCUUGCACUUCAACUUUGUGUUAAGUGGCUAUUCUCUUUGUAUUACACAUAAGAUUUACUCGUGUUCUGUUUUGAAUCGUUGCCAUUGUGCACCGAACUCACAGGACCAAAACAUCUCAAAGAGGUAUUAAUUUAACAAUUAAGGACUGCUCUACAUCCAAUUGAGAGCUGUUUCUUAUGUAUUGGUUACAUGACUAGCAUUUAAUAUACAUUGUUAAAUUCAUACUUCCUGUGUGUCAGUUAUAACUAAGCAGUUGUUUUGAAAUAGAAUUUGCGAAUUUUGUGCGCACCUAAUGACAUGCACAGUGAGUGCAUUAUGCUGACUCAGGUUUUUCUUGUACCUUCUAACAAAAUUAAUGACAUGGGUGUGGGUUUAUACCUUUGUUUUUUUAUUUAAUGAGUAUGUUUUGGCCCUCAUUUUAAUGGCCAUUUGCCCCCCCCCCCCCCCCCCCACACACACACACACACAUUUUCCAAUGUUAACCAAUUAAUUGUUAUUGGUUCCAUCUAUUCUAGUUAUUAACACAAGCCACAAUACAAGUUCAUGUGUUCUGCUUCAAGUAUUAUAUUCAUAAUAUUGUAUUAGUUACUUCCAAAUAUGUGUAUAUGUUAUGAUCACAUGUGUUUUCUAUGUGAAUAAAUGCAAUUUUAAUAUAUUUUUUGAUGUAUGUGUGUAUGACACAAAGAAAAUGAUUUAGUUUUAUUGUGCCUGUGAAUAAACCCUGUGAUUCAAUA